GUAACGGGGUGGAUGUAUGUGACAGUUUCUGAGUGUUUCAGCUUGUUUGUGUCAUUGUGAAAGAGACAUAAAGAGAAAGAUGUCUGGAACACGCAUCCUCUGCUGCCAUGUCACCACUGCGACCAUCUCAUUUGCUGUCUUAUAUCUGAUUGGUAAUGUGCUGAAAAUGGUGGGCAUCAUUCUAACGGUUUCACUGGAUAAAGAGGCAUUUUCUGUCCCCUAUCAUGAAUCAAAGGCUACCAGGGGCCAGCGUGUCUUUGACAUCAGCACUAACAUCCUGAUGCUGGUUCUGAUGUCGAUCUCUGCUGUGCUGGUCCUGUUCUCUAAACGCAAGGGCCCGAUGUUUGUGCUGCCUUUUGUGCUGAUGAUGUUUGUGGAGCUGAGUCUGAGUUUUCUGUGCCUGUUUGACGGAGCCUGGGGUCUGCCAGGGACCCCCAACUACAGAGACAUGCUGCGAGUUGUAAAGGGUCAGAAGAGAGUCGAUAGUUUGAAUGAAGAGGAAAUUGGCCAGUUCACCAUGUCAUACUCCGUUCUCUAUAUGAUGUACAUACUGCUGAAGGUGUACGUCCUUCAUGUGUCAACGAGGUGUUUCUAUGCCCUGAAAGCAGAAAGUAUGGCUGCCGUCAGUGUUGAGACUGGAAAUACUGUAACAGUGAAGCUGCCUUCUUAUGAUGAGGCUCUCAAGAUGAGAGCAGAAGAUACUCCCCCUUCCUAUCAUGAGGCUUAAACUCAAUGCGUGCUUCAGGCAUGGUUUUAUGAUGCAAAAAACCCCUUUGGGUUUAAACCACAAAUAUUAAGCACAAAUAUUCACACGCAUACGAACAACCACAUCCACAUGCAACACAAACAGGCAUGGCUAUGCUUACAUCUAUGCUUUUACAAAAUAAAGGUACUUAAUUUA